GCAACCAGCUUUACAUAAGCAAAUCACAACGACUCGUUGAAGCUGACGCACACACACACACACCUUUCGGCCUUUCACUUUUCAGGAAAAAUAGGAAAAGCUCCAAAUAAAGUUAGGAAAAUUGAACAAAUUCGCCAUACUCAAUCGUCGCGAUGACCUCCACACUGGUGCUCCUGAUUGCCAGCGUUCUGCACUUCGGAUUGCGUGGCAGCUGUCUGUUGGACAUAGAGCGAUUCCCGGUGAUUCCCGGCACCAUCUACGCCGGCCACAUUGCCUACUGCGCCAUCCUGCACUUCCUGCACGACCUGGAGGUGCUGCCCACGCGAUAUCGCCGCCGGAUGGGCAGGCUGGCCGCCUUCCUCGUCGAACUGGUGCUGGGCGUGGCCUUCAUGGAGGUCCUGGCCCUGUGGCUCUGGUGCAGCGUGGAGCACAUCCUCCACCUGUCCACCCAGUUCGUGCUGCGGCGCUACCUGGGCGUCUCCACCGAAGUCUACCUGCGCUGGGAGUGGGCCAUCAUGGGCGGUCUGAUGACCGCGCUGGCCGCCAUGCUCUGGAUAAAUGCCUACGAGGCCACGGAGCCCAUUGAAUCAGAGGGUGUGUCAAAGACCAAGGACAUCCGGAUCAGAGCUGAGCUUUGCCAGCGGGACAAGCAGCAGCAACAGGAUCAGGAGCAGAUGGAACAGUCGGCUCUGGAUAGUCAGCAUCCUGGUAAUGUGCAGUUGCCCGAGGAGAAGCAUCUGCAGCUGCUGGCCACCACCACCGAUUGUUAGCCCGUUGUGGUCGCCUCCUGCAAGCCUUUGAUGUCGCAGCUUGUGCAGCAGACAAAAGGACUUCGCAGCGUCCUCGAUUCGACGAACGAUCAUGUCGGGCGCAGAGCAGACGAAGCAAAUGUAUUUAUUCCAGCCAGAUGGACUCGAAAGGCUCUAAAGACCGUGCAAAAGGGUACUGGAAAAGGGGGCGGGCCGAAUGAUGGACUGCAGUGAAAUGUCUAUGAAAAUUGACUUGGUGUCCUGGCAUUGAGAGGCAGUCGGGCGGAAGGAGCUGCCAGCGCCUGGAUGCGCGUCAAUUGACAAAUUGUCGGCUCGACUGGCCCCUUCUUUCUGGCUUCGCCUGGUUCCCCCAGUUCCCCCAGUUCCCCCAGUUCUACCUACCAAAAACCAAUCCGAAAUGCCAAAAAUACAAUCCCGGGCAAUUUUAGACCCAAACAGAGCAGAAAGUCA